ACUCUAUCAGUUAAUGUUUUGCUAUGAAGUUAUUCGGGUUCGUAAUUAGUGCACUUGUGGUGCUAAGUGUUUUUGGAAACAAUUGUUGUUGUGCCGAAAAAGUUCGCUAUGACAAUCACACCGUUUAUAAAGUGUUAAUUGAAAAUGAAAAUCAACUUACAAUUGUUAAACAUUUGAGUACACUUGCAAAGGGGUACAAUCUUUGGAAACCAUUCCAUGGAAUCGGAAGUGAUGCACACAUUAUGGUUAGUCCAAAAAUGAAAAAUGCCUUCGACAGUUUGAUGGAAUUGAAUGGAUUCGAAAAAGAAAUUUUAGUUGAAAACGUUCAAAGUCUCAUUGAUGAAGAAUCAAGUUCUUUUGAACGUGAUGCUACUUUCGGUUGGACUUCCUAUCAUGGUCUUGAUAAAAUCUAUGCUUGGAUUGAUGAAAUUAUCGAAGAAAAUUCAGAUCUCAUAACACCUUUCACAAUUGGCAAAUCAUAUGAAGGUCGUGAUAUUCGUGGAAUUAAAAUUUCGGCAAAAGAAGGAAAUCCUGGAAUUUUCAUCGAAACCAAUGUUCAUGCUCGUGAAUGGAUAACUUCAGCUACUGUGACUUACUUUAUAAAUGAGCUUUUGAAUUCGGAUCGUGCUGAAAUCAAGAAUCUUAGGGAAAAUAUUGAUUGGUAUAUUAUUCCGGUUUAUAAUGUUGAUGGAUUUGUUUAUAGUCAUGAAAAGGAUCGCAUGUGGCGUAAAACACGUCAACCAGUUAAAGGAUCCGAUUGCAUUGGGGCCGAUGCGAAUCGUAAUUUUGAUUCUCAUUGGAUGGAAAAUGGUGGAGCUCUGUCAGAUCCUUGUGCCGAGACAUUUGCUGGUCCUAAACCAUUCUCUGAGCCUGAAGCUCAAGCUUUAGCUGAUUUUGUAACAAAAAUUGAAGAUAAAAUUAAUAUUUAUUUAUCAUUCCAUUCUUAUGGUCAAUAUUUGUUGUGUCCUUAUGGACAUUCGGCAACUGAUUUUCCAAGUAACUAUGAAGAUCUUUUAGCGAUUGGAAAAUCUGCUGCUGAUGCUAUUAAAAAACCUUAUGGCACCCAAUUUACCUAUGGAUCUACUGGUAGUGUUUUGUAUGUAGCUUCAGGAACUUCAGUGGAUUGGAUGUUCAAUGAACGUAACAUCAAAGUUGGUUGGACUUUUGAGUUCCGCGACAAAGGACGUUAUGGAUUUGUGCUUCCAGCAACUCAUAUCAAACCUAAUGCUAAAGAAGCUGUUGAGGGAGUUAUUGCCCUCGUUCAAAAAUCGUCUGAUCUCGGAUACUUGAAAAACAAACGAGUCAAUUAAAAAGAUUAACAUUUUUAUUAUAAAAAAGUUGUAAAUACAUUUUUAAAACACUACAAACAAUAAAGUGCGUGCUUAUAA